CGCAGCCUCGAAGCUUGCUGUACUUUGCUGUAUGAUUCGGAAGCGGCCUAUCCCUGUAGUGGCGUGUGUAAGUGCAGUUUCGCCACAUGCCCGCCCCCAAUGCUCCAGCUCCUCCCGCCAGUCACUGAAGCCCUGAGCCUCCGGGACCCGCCUGUCCGCAGGCACCGGAAACGGCCAGUGAAGGAACGAAUGACUGGGAAUAUCCGUCGCCUUUGUUGGGUGCUGGACUGAGGCGCUGAGACGGCUCGAAGGGCAGUUCGAAAAGGCGAGUUUGGGAGUUUGAGAAGAGGCUGUGGCAGUGAGAGGUGACUGACCCCGCCCGGCCUGCUGGCUCCCAGGGCCGCAACUUCUCUCCACCUGCUGUCAACGCCACCGAAGCAUUCUCUCCCCGGGCAGCUUCUCAUGUGGGUCCGGAGGGAAGGCGUCAGCAUAGCCCCGCCAUCCCCGCAUCAGCUUUAGCGCAGCAGAGCCGGUCUAUCUCUCUUCUCUUGUGUUUAAUGCUCAGCACCCCGCACCGCCGCCGCCAUGGGCAAGAUGCUCUCCAAGAUCUUCGGUAACAAGGAGAUGCGGAUCCUGAUGCUCGGACUGGAUGCCGCCGGGAAGACCACCAUUCUGUACAAGCUGAAGCUGGGCCAGUCCGUCACCACCAUCCCAACCGUGGGCUUCAACGUGGAGACUGUGACUUACAAAAAUGUCAAGUUCAACGUAUGGGACGUAGGGGGCCAGGAUAAGAUCAGGCCGUUAUGGCGGCACUACUAUACCGGCACUCAGGGCCUUAUCUUCGUUGUGGACUGUGCUGACCGGGACCGUAUAGACGAGGCAAGGCAAGAGCUGCACCGUAUCAUUAAUGACCGGGAAAUGAGGGACGCCAUCAUCCUAAUAUUUGCAAAUAAACAAGAUCUCCCUGACGCCAUGAAACCCCAUGAGAUCCAGGAGAAACUGGGUCUGACCCGGAUCAGGGAUAGGAAUUGGUACGUGCAGCCCUCCUGUGCUACCAGUGGGGACGGGCUCUAUGAGGGACUCACAUGGCUAACAUCCAAUUACAAAUCCUAAUGACUGACUAAUAAAACAUCUGCACAAUGAUAAUUCUGCUUCUCAGAAGAUAUAUAGGCGGGUAAAAGCAAUGUCAGAGGAUUUUGCGGACCCCCUUUGUUCACCACUUAAAAAUUUCGGUGGAAUAUGGGCUGGAAUACUUUAUUUUUUUUCUUACAUGCUUUGCAUUAGGAUUCCAAUCUCAUUUUCAUGAUAAAAAUCAUAUGAUAUGUUUAAAUACAAAGAUCUAGGAAGCCCACUCUUUCUUUUGUAGGGUUUAGUUUAAGGGGGGUUCAUGCUUAAUUCACCGGUUCUGCUUCUUAACUUUCCUUUUCAUCUAUUGUAGAUUUGCCUCUUUGCCUUCAUACAGGGUAUGUUACUAGAACGAUUUCAACUAGUAAACUUUCAAAUUAUAUUCUUUAAAA